AGCAAUUUUGUUUUUCCUAAAAAAAAUUGUAGGAGAAGAAGAAGUUUGGUAACAACGACUUCCUGCCUCUUACCAACCUUGUUGCUGCCGUGAUUAGGACCAAGAAGUCUUGUUGUAUACAUAGGAACAAGCCAUUACCAUUUCCUUCAUAUCCUUUCCACUCUAACUGCAAUAUAUUGGUGAUCAAUUCCUGAAUCUAACUAAUUAUUUCCAUUCUCCACGAUAUGGAUCCGAGGUUGAGGGAGGCUGCUCAAACAGGAGAUUUUAACUACUUCUACUCACUAAUCGAGGAAAACGCAAGCGUUUUGGAGGACAUUGAUACAGAGUCUUUUGCUGAGACUCCAUUACAUGUAGCGGCUUCUGCAGGGCAAAUUGCUUUCGCCGUAGAGAUGAUGAAUUUAAAGCCGUCGUUUGCGAGGACGCUGAACCAAGCUGGGCUUAGCCCCAUGCACGUAGCUUUACAAAACGAAAAAACCCUUUUUGUACAUCGACUCCUAGAGAUGGAUAAAGAUCUCGUUCGCGUCAAAGGCAGGGAGGGUAAGACUCCUUUUCAUUACGCUGCUGAACUAGGAGAGGAAAAACUUUUGAACGAGUUUCUUGAAGCUUGCCCUGAAUGCAUUCAAGAUGUAACUGUUCAUCGUGAAACUGCUCUGCACAUCUCAUUAAAACAUAACAAGCUUAACGAGUUUAAAUCCUUGGUGCGAUGGAUUCGAGAGAGCUGUCAUAAGGAUGCCAAAGUCUGGGAAGAACGAAUCCUCAACUGGAAGGACGAACAAGGCAACACUGUUCUGCACAUUGCAGCCAUGGAAAACCAACCAGAGGCCGUAGGACUGCUGGUAAAGUAUCGUGACGUGGUUGAUGUGAACGCCAAGAAUUCGGAAGAUUUGACAGCACUGGAAUAUAUCUCAAAAUGCGAUGAAAACGAUGAAAGCACUGAAAACCAAGAGCCAGUGCAAGAUAGAUCAGAGAUUACUACAAUGUUGCAAGCUGCUACACGUCGAAUGCAUCCCUUCAUGGCAAUGCUCUAUUUCGACAAGGAGUUAAUGUUUUCUUAUCUUAAAAGGAUAAUCACACAUAUUUCUCGGAGAAGGAAGAACAUUUCAAAUGACAUGCGCAACGCAUUGCUGGUAGUCAUUACGCUGAUUAUAACAGCCACUUACCAAUCCUCUUUAAGUCCACCUGGUGGUGUUUGGCAGGGAGAUAACAGCAAUAGUUCAUCUAAAUCAAACGAUGCUAGCAUAAAUACCAGUAAUAGUAGCACCCUUGGCGGAAAGCUGCACGAUCCGGGGACAACCGUUAUGCCAAAAAGUACUUUUUCUGUGUUCUGGACUUACAACACAUUAACCCUAUUGACAACCCUUGGGCUAACAGCAUUUCUCCUCCCAGGUGGUUCUAUUGCUAUACUACUGCUCGUGCCACUUUCACUUUUGUGCUCGAGCUACAUGCUCUCCAUGAGCAUCUUAUCCCCGACUCCGUUUUGGUCAAAAGUGAAUACAAUUCUGUCAAUAGUCUUUAUUAUGUUGCUGUUAUUACCGUAUCCUAGAUUGUUCAACGAGAGACUGCGAGCCCAAAUGAAGAGUGAAUUAUCUCCACGUGCGGUGCUAAAGUCGAAGAAAUUUUAUAUCAAAAUAUUCUUUUGUUUGGUUGCUGCAAUGUGCUUUACUGUAAUCAUGCUGCAAAAUUGGUUACAUUAGAAGUAUUUAGGACCCCAACCCUUUCUGAAGUCUAAUCUUAGCGUUGUGUUGUUUCUUAUCUAUUUAAUAAAAGAAGUUGGUAUUGUAAUUCUUGACUCUUCUAAGUACUAUAAAUGCAAGUGUCUCUGCCUUUCUGA